CUUGGUGGCAGGAGUUGCUGGGGAAGAUGAGGGUGACGUCAGUCUGAGCACAGCUGAGACCCAGGCACGUGGGCCUGGUGACCUGCUGGGAACAGGAGCUGCGAGGAUGUUCUCAGGAGUGGCUCCUGCCUCCGAACCACCAGGGGGCUUUGGGGACCCCGGCUGCUCUGAGGGGGCCCGGGGGACUGAGACUCCAGCCGCCCUGUGUGGGGACAGCCCAGCUGGGCACCAGCAGUCCCUGCCCGAGGUUCCCACUCCUGUGGGAGAUGGGAAGGCAGGUGCAUCUUCACCUCCAGAACCUGAAGAAGCUGGGGACCCUAAGCUGGCCCCAGAGGCAGCCCACGCAGAGAGCAAGAGCCCGGGGCCUGGCCUGGCACCCUCACCUUCGGUUCCUGAGAAGGACGCUGCAGAGGUCACGGGCGGGGUCAUUUCCUGUGAGGCCAGACCUGCAGGAGGAGAGCAAAGCACCCCCCCAGCUGCCGCCCCUGUGGAUCUCCCUCCCCCGGCCUCAGAGCCCUCGCCUCUGCCUUCCGCCUCGGCCUGUGAUGGAGCAGAAGCUUCCACUGCGUCCUGCCAGGGCGUGGCCCAGGGCGUGAGCAGGAGUUCUGACUCUGAAGAAGCAUUUGAGACCCCAGAGUCGACGACCCCUGUCAAAGCCCCACCGGCCCCACCCCCGCCACCCCCGGAGGUCACUCCAGAGCCUGAGGUCAGCGUGCCAGUGCCACCUUCCCCGGAAAAAACAGGAUGCGGCGCUGAGACGGUCCCGGUCCCCGAUGGCCCGCGCUGCACGUCGGCGGAAGGCAGUCCUUUCCGGCCCCCCGCCCACCCCUUCUCCACCGUCUUCGACGAAGACAAGCCGAUAGCCAGCAGUGGGACCUACAACCUGGACUUUGACAACAUCGAGCUGGUCGAUCAUUUCCAGACCUCGGAGCCCCGCCCCCCAGACUCUAAGAAUCAGGAAUGCAAAGCAAGCACGCGGAGGAAGUCCACGGACUCCGUCCCCCCCUCCAAGUCCACGCUGUCCCGCUCUCUCAGCCUGCAGGCCAGCGACUUUGACGGUGCUUCCUGCUCAGGCAACACCGAGGCCCCGGCCCCGGAGGCCAACAGCACAGGCCCGGGCAGCGAUUCCAGCACCCUUAAGAGAACUAAGAAACCGAGGCCUCCUUCCUUAAAGAAGAAACCGGCCGCGAAGAAACCCUCGGAGACACCCCCAGUGAGAGAGACCCAGCAAGAGCCAGCUGAGGAGAGUCCCGUCCCCAGUGAGGAGAGUCACGCACCCGAGACAAAGACAGAACCGGCCCCGCCGGAAGGUUCUGGACCCGCCCUCACCGAGGAGGCACCCCUGGAACCUGCUGCUGUGCCCAAGGCCGCCUGCCCUCUGGACUCGGAGGGCGCAGAAGGGGCUGUCCCCCCAGCUCCCGGAGGCGGCAGAGUGCAGAGCUCGCCCCCCGUCGGAAGGAAAACGGUGCCUCCUGCCUCGGCCCCGGAGGCAGAGGAGGCGACCCCGGCGGACGGCCUGGGGCAGGAGGGCUCCCCCGCCAAAGGGCUCCCGGUGAGGCUGGAGUUUGACUAUUCCGAGGACAAGGGUAGUUGGGACAGCCAGCAGGAAAACCCCCCUCCUACCAAAAAGACAGGCAAAAAGCCAGUUGCCAAAAUGCCCCUAAGGAGGCCAAAGAUGAAAAAAGCCCCCGAGAAACUGGACAGCACUCCUGCCUCGCCCACCAGGUCCCCCGCGGACCCCAGUGACAUCCCGAUUGCCAAAGGUACCUACACCUUUGAUAUUGACAAGUGGGAUGACCCCAAUUUUGACCCCUUUUCUUCCACCUCAAAAAUGCAGGAGUCUCCCACCCUGCCCCAGCCGUCGUAUGGCUCUGACCCGGGCGCCUGUGGCGAGUCCGUCGGCCCCUGUAAGGCCUCCUCUAAGACCCCCAGCUCACCCUCUAAAUCCCCAGCCUCCUUUGAGAUCCCGGCCAGUGCCACGGAGGCCAACGGAGUAGACGGAGACGGGCUGAGCAAACCCGCCAAGAAAAAGAAGACUCCGCUGAAGACGAUGGUUGAAGAUGUGAUGUCUGUGUGUUCUCUGUUUGACACGUUUAGGGUGAAAAAGUCGCCAAAGCGGUCUCCCCUCUCUGAUCCACCCUCUCAGGAGCCCACUCCGGCGGCGACCCCCGAAGCGCCGCCGGUGAUCUCCGCGGUGGUCCACGCGACCGACGAGGAGAAGCUGGCGGUCACCAACCAGAAGUGGACGUGCAUGACCGUGGACCUGGAGGCAGACAAACAGGACUACCCGCAGCCCUCGGACCUGUCCACCUUCGUCAACGAGACCAAGUUCAGUUCACCCACAGAGGAGCUGGAUUACAGACACUCCUAUGAAAUUGAAUAUAUGGAGAAAAUCGGCUGCUCCUUACCUCCGGACGACGCCGCCCCGAAGAAGCAGGCCCUGUACCUGAUGUUCGACACGUCUCAGGAGAGCCCGGUCAAGUCUCCCCCCGUCCGGAUGUCGGAGUCCCCGACGCCGUGUUCCGGGUCAAGUUUUGAGGAGACCGAAGCCCUUGUGAAUGCCGGGGCGAAGAUCCUCCAUCCGGUCGCAAGAGGGCUGGCCCCCAACCAAGAGCCACACUUGCAGAUGCCAGAGAAAUCCACCCAGAAAGAGCUGGAGGCCAUGGCCUUGGGCGCCACCUCAGAUGCCAUUGAAAUUACAGCUCCCGAGGGCUCCUUCGCCUCUGCCGAUGCCCUGCUCAGCAGGCUGGCUCACCCGGCCUCCCUCUGUGGCGCACUUGACUACCUGGAACCCGACUUAGCAGAAAAGAACCCCCCAGUGUUUGCUCAGAAACUGCAGAGAGAAGCUGCUCACCCAGCAGAUGUCUCCAUCUCCAAAACAGCCCUGUACUCCCGCAUCGGGACGGCCGAGGUGGAGAAGCCCUCGGGCCUCCUGUUCCAGCAGCCGGACUUGGACUCCGCCCUGCAGGUUGCCCGAGCUGAGAUCAUAACCAAGGAGAGAGAGGUCUCCGAGUGGAAGGAGAAAUACGAGGAGAGCCGGCGGGAGGUGAUGGAAAUGAGGAAAAUAGUGGCCGAGUAUGAGAAGACCAUCGCUCAGAUGAUAGAGGACGAGCAGAGGGAGAAGUCCGUCUCCCACCAGACGGUCCAGCAGCUGGUCCUGGAGAAGGAACAGGCCCUGGCCGACCUGAACUCCGUGGAGAAGUCUCUGGCCGACCUCUUCCGGAGAUACGAGAAAAUGAAGGAGGUGCUGGAGGGCUUCCGGAAGAAUGAAGACGUGCUGAAGAAGUGCGCACAGGAGUACCUGUCCCGCGUGAAGAAGGAAGAGCAGAGGUACCAGGCCCUGAAGGUGCACGCGGAGGAGAAGCUGGACAGGGCCAAUGCUGAGAUCGCCCAGGUCCGGGGCAAGGCCCAGCAGGAGCAGGCCGCCUACCAGGCCAGCCUGCGGAAGGAGCAGCUGCGGGUGGACGCCCUGGAGAGGACGCUGGAGCAGAAGAAUAAAGAAAUAGAAGAGCUCACCAAGAUUUGCGACGAACUGAUUGCCAAAAUGGGGAAAAGCUAACUCGGAGCCAAACGCCUGGCCUUGACCGUUGCGUGCAAUAGGAGCGUCGGCACACUGCUGUCCACCCGCCCAGGCCCGACGGGCUCUGUUCUCUCUUCCGUAUGCACUACUGUGUUCCCCUCACACGUAACGUUGAUCUGAUUGUAUGCAGUGCUAAGGAGACUAUCAGAACUGCUUGCUAUCGGUUUGUGUUUUUCCUAGUUUGAUUCGUAGCAAGUUGACCUCAGAGUUCCUGUAUCAGGGAGACUGUCUCAUUCUCUAAUAAAAGACACAUCGCUGACCUUGGCCUUGCCCUUGUCCCUGAGUUCCCAGGGAGCGGCUUUUGGAUUUAAUACGAACAUGUACAGCUUGCACAGGGACUCUUGCCUUAAGGAGUGUACACUUGAUCUGCGUUUGCUGAUUUGUUUAAAAAAAACAAUGCAUGUUUCAAAUAAAAUUCUCUAUUGUAAAUAAAUUUUUUUUCCUUUGGA